GCGUUGCUUUGAUCGGGAACGUAAAAAGAGGAGCACCUGACCGGAGCAAAGAGCCUGUCUCGCGGGGAGAAAAGCAUCGUCGUAACGGAGUCUGCGUGUUGCAACGACGACACUCAGGGAAACGGCGAGGGCCGAGGAAGAGGAUGGAGUCCCCGAGAGCCUGGUGGGGGUAGAUCAGAGGGAGAGGAUGGUGGAAGCGAAAUCUGGCCUCAGUCGUGCGCGACGCGCCAUAUGCGGUGGACCAUUUGUCAAGGCGCUCACAAAGGCCAAUAAUCUCGCGUGACACGUGUGAUUCCCCGAUAAAAAGUGUCACGUGCUGGCUGCACACCCCUCUACGAGCCGGAGGCGAGCCAACCCCUCCCCAACACCACCACCGUCGUCGCCGCUUCGCGAAACUUGACGGAAAAACUUUUUCCCUUACCGGAGCCGCUCGACAAUCUCGUCCCGCAGCACCGAGCGGAGAACACGCGUCGUGCCUCGAACGCCUCCGUCGUAUUUCUUUUUUUCUUCCUCGCGAUUGAAUCGUCCGGAGGGAAAACUAAUCUCUCCUCGGCGGAGGAGGCGAAGAGCAAAAAAAAAAAAGGAAAGCGGCGAAAGAGAGGCGAGAUACUUUCUCGUGCGGUGGACACCAACGCUGGGGAUACUUUUUUUCUUUUCGGCACUUUUUUUUCCGAAUCGGCAACGAUCGAACUUCCAGUUGGAGAAGUUUGGACGCGUUGUCGCCGCCAAAUGUAAAAGCCUAGUGGUUGGAAAAGACGUUGGAAAGGAGGAAAGUACGAGAAACGAGGGUGAACGUCCAUUUCCCUCCCCUCGCGCCAAAGUCGCAACGAACGAGGAUCAAAGUGGCCGUACCGCGACAGUCGAUCGUGAAGCGAGAGUGAAAGAUUUACGAACGAAGAUUUACGUCCGCCGUGGCGAUGGAAUCGGUGUGAUCGAGCGAAACGAACGAGGAACACGUCGGAUUGACGGUUUAAUGCAAAUUGCUCUUUCUACUGCUACCGGUACCGUUGAUCGUGUGUGCAACGUGUCCCGACGCCCGACCGCUGAUGGACAAUCGACGACGAUCUCGUUAAGGACAGCCGAGGCGGAAGGGAGCGAAGAAAUUUAUGGUGCCGACGAUCGAACGAGGUGUUAUCAGCCAAGCGAUAAGCACCCUUGCCGACCGUGAAACCCGGCCGCGCUGACACCGAGCCGCGUUCUUCUCGCUCUUUUUCCAACCGUUUCCCGCAUCCUUCCGUAUUCCACUUUGGAAGUUCGUGUCGACGUGUUGGAGGGUGGCCCUGCGCUGCGUAGCUCCUCCAAGCCGGAAACACGGAAGCUCUGAACGGCUGCUGGCUGAGAACGCGCCACGCCACGCCACCGCCGGGGGAUGAUAGAAGAUGAGCGGGACCGGUGAAGAAGGGGCGAGAGAAGAGUGAAGGCACCCACCGAGAAAAGCUAUUCGGAACAACGAAGAUGAGAUGGGAUGCCGCGCUCUACCUACUUUCGUUGCUGCUCUUCUCCUUGGCCAAUCUCUGUUGGGCUCUCGUCGAAACUCGAGGAUGCAAUCGCACAGUCAGGAACUCUGUUGGAUGGGUACGAUGGACAGGUCGCAUGGGACGAUGCAUUAUUCGCAUCAGAGCACCUCCUAGAGACCCUCAGGUGAUCGAGUUAAAAGUUAGGAGGCUGCAAGUUGGCUUCCUGAAAGAAACCAGAUGCGAGGGUGCUUAUAUUCAAUUUUCUGAUGGCGGCGACGAUCUCGAGGAUGAAACAGGACGUUACUGCGGCUAUGUGAGUGGCAACACAACCAGGCUGUUCCUGAGGAAGGGUCCGAACUUAACGAUCAUAAUGGACUCGGACGUGAAGUUCGCCGCCGAAAAUCCGGUGAUCUUCUCCGCCCAGUUUUCCAUACUGCCGGCCCAGCUAGCCGCCGAACGUCAUCGCGGUUUCUCCCCGUCCUCGUCGACCGAGUGUCCCUUGGAGUGCGCCGUGAGGAACGACCGAAGGUCCUGCAAGCUCGCCUCGCCGGGUUAUCCGGGCGUGUACCCGCGCGGCAUCCGAUGUCGGAUCGCGUUGGAGUCGAGCGCCGGCCGCUUUAAAAUCGGCGGCCAGCCGGACGACCUGUUCGAUCUGAUGAACCGUACGUCGCAGGAUGGCUGCCAGACGGAGAACUGCGAACAGCACGUGGAGAUCGUCGCGGAAGCGGCGAGAACGAGGAUUGCCAGAUCGAUGGACGAGCAACGUGGACAUUCGACGGAAGUGACGGCGGCGGUGAGACGGGCCAGGAGGAGCCCGGAUCACGAGGAGGAGGUAGAAUUUAUCAUCGGGCAAACGUCGCACAAGGCCAGGAGGGGCAGGAAUAAUCGGAGGAGGUUGAAGAAAGCCAAGAAGGAAGCGGACGGGUCAAAGGGCGGGCGUGGCAAUUCUCGUGGAAAAGCGGGGAACGAGGAUAUACGGAGAAAUGUCGGCCGUCCGAAAGAGAUCAGCGAACAGUCGUCGGCAGACACGUUCCACGGCACGAGAAGCAGCGGCAGCAGCUCCAGGCAAUCCGGCGGCUAUCGUGAUCAGACGAUCCGGCCGGAAUCUAUCCAGAAGAGACUUCGUCACCCGCAGCGCGUCCAUAAGAAGUCCAUGGACUCUUCGAUAAGCCCGAAGAGGAAUUCCGAUCAUGAUCUGAGAGAUAUAUCGGACGCGAGGAUGGUCCUGCCGGACGGUCUCGGACACGAAAUCGCGAGGAAAGGCUUGAGCCAGGAGAAGAUCACCGCGUUACAGGUCCCCGACUACAGAUAUGCAAAGAAGGGUCGAGCGCCGGAAAAAUUGGGGAGCACCAGUUGCGUCGGUGAUUAUCUCACGUUGCUGGAGGACGUGGACGGAAAGAUCUUCGAGAUCUCCAAGUUCUGCGGAGAGGGUCACGUGCCACGGAUCCUUUCGAGAGGGAAAAAUAUUAUCGUCGAGUUCUUUACGGAGCAGGACGGCACGGUGAUGCACGACGGGUUCCAGUUGUCGUUUCAGGAAACGGAGGAGCCGUCCGGCGUGAGGCACGAUCGAAAUUGCGAGUUCGUUUACAAAAGCACGGAGCGCACCAGGGAAAAUAUCAGGUCGUUGCAAAGCUGGUAUCCGCCGAACACUUUGUGCAGUUACAAAUUCAUGGGCAGAUCGUCCGAGAAGAUCUCCGUUCAUAUGAAGAUAAUCAGAAACGAGCCGGACCAGGAGUACACGCCACAGAAACGGAACUUCAGUCUGAACUACUGCCUCGGAAACGAGAUUGCGGUUUACAAUGGAAUCGAGGUGAACAACAGCGUCUUGAUGUGGUCCUACUGCGACGUAUCCCACCAGGACAUUAAUAACAUACAAGUUCCUCUCACCUCCAGCGGAAAUGAAUUAUUAAUACAAUAUUACAGCGCGAAAGGCUCGUACGACGGUCAAGAAUUCACUUACACGAUAUCCUACAGGUUCAUAAAGAAAUCGCAGAACUCCACCAUCAGACGUCAGGUCCAGGAUGAUUUCAAGCUAAUCUCUCUCAGACCGGUGAACUUCUCAGCGUUGAAUUUCAACGAGAGCGAGAACUGCAACUGCGAUUUUGGCGAUAGGAUAGGCAGCUUCAAAAACUGGUUUAUGGUACUAGUUGUCCUAGGAAUAGUCUCGUUUCUCGGCGCUGUUCUCACGAUAAUAGCGCUCCUUGCCAAAUGCAUCAAGAUGCGAUCGAUGGAGAAGAAACUGCUACAGACACCGAAACUAUGAACUCGAUUAAACUUUGUACGAUUUUCUACCUGUUUGAAUAAAACGAUUCUUUUUACAAGCGACUAGAUUCAGGUUUGCACAUAUGCUCAUCCAAAUUUCGAUGUCCGUUAAAUUUAUUUAUGAUUACCGAUUAAUGAGAGUCAAAAGAUUUUUAUUCUUCGAUCAUAAUUAAAUUUAAAAUCGAAGAAUCGCGGAGCGGAUAUUGCGUUCGUUGAUAUUUUAUUUUUCAAUUUGUACUUUCAUCGUUAAGAGAAAUUACGCUCCAAGAGUGUGAUCUUAUAUUUCACGUUCCAUAAAUAUUUAUUAAAUCUAAUUGCGUAAUUGAGAAUAAAUUGCACGUCGUCAAAACAAAUGACGUCGUCUAUUCAAAUCAAAAAAGGAUCGUGCGAAAGAUCACAAAGGUCUCACCGAGAUUUGAACUCGGAUCGCUGGAUUCAGAGUCCAGAGUGCUAGCCGUUACACCAUGAGACCUUGAGAAUUUUUUCACAAAAAUCAGAAUUGUGUGCGUGUGUCGGUAAAUGCAUACAUCACGCACUUUUAUAGAAUUUCAAGUGAAUGAAACAUCAAAAAGAAUUACUAUGUUUGAUGGAACGAUCCAUCAGAUUGCGAAUAUGUAAAUACGAGAAAUCAUCCAUUAGUACAUAUCUAGUUAAAAAAUCAAAUCAUCGAUGGUGAAAACGAGAGAAAGAGGGGGAGAGUGCGAUGCAAAAAACGUAAAACGUAUAUACACGAUAAAAAUUAACGUAAUGUACUACUUGUUAGAAAAUAUAAGGAAAUAUCAUUGCUUGAGGAGACAGCUUUAAGAAAUUUUUCUUUUUUCACUAGUAAUUAUGAACAAUUACACAUUCGUUACAAAGUCUGAUAUAUAUCUUAAGUGUUAUUUUGCAAACGAGAAUAAACGUCGCUUUUGUACAAUACGAUAAUCAAACGGAACGUGUAAAUUUGCAAGUCCAUGUAACAUAAUGCAUUCUUCGUUGAAUGAAACGAUGUAUUAUAAUCACUUCCUGCCACUUCCCCCACGAUCAAACGCCACUGCAUUUAAAUCGAAAAAGUAAGGAGGUUUCUUCGUGCAUAAAUGAUUAUUUGGUGCUCGAUUCAAAUCUUGAGUCAAUUCAGAACCACUGAGAACGUAUACGUAAAUUGCCGUAACAAUUGCAAACAUGAAGAAAUUAGCGUCAAUUGUACAUAAUAAUUUAUCAUAAUGAAAUUAGAGAGCGGUUGCAUUCUUGCGUUGCAAUGAUAAUUGAAGUUGAAAAAGAAUAUUACUGCGUGAUCAAAUAUAGUUAUGAGAGCAAAAAUAUCUAAAGAAAAUAAAAAUUAACAAAAUACAGAUAAUACAUACUUUUGGCAAUGAUAUCAAAAAAUACCUUUCAAACGGUAUAAUGAGAACUAUGAAAAUUGAAAUCAAAAUGUUAAAUCAUAAUUAUAAAUAUGUUUCAAGCGCGAUGGAGCAAUUGAGCGAAAACAGUAUGUAUAUGCAAACGAAACGCUUAUUAUAAUAGCGUAAUCUCUUUCAAGAUAAAUUAUCAUCUCGUUGCAUCUCAUGAUGAAAAUUGUGAUCCAACUACAGAGAAAGAAUGAGCAAUGAGAUGAUUCAAAUAAGUAUCUCUUAAGUUAUAUACACUUAUAUAUUCGACAGAACGAAUUAUAUAAUCACUAGAACGUGAAAGUCAAAUUUUUUUCUAAUUUUUUGAACACUUUUAUUAACGAAACGUUGUAACUUUUUUCAUUAAACCGCAAUCUAAAUUAAUUUGUGAGGCAUUUCAGUGGAUGCGUAACGCGAAACACACUGAGAGCAUUCGCACUGACAGUAAUUGGAUGUUGUGCAAGCAGUGAUUUACCGGAAACACAUUGCACACGGUGGUCAAGGUAUGAAUCAGCACUUCUUCAUGUACUCUACCCGUAUUUCACAAAGCAACAAGCAAAUUACUGAACAAGGGAACGUACAGCGACACAGCUGCGGUGCCAAACAAUAAUUUGUUAAAAUGUUCCUACUCGUUUCGUAUACGGUGUCGCGAAAGUGUUGAUGAACAUAAGUCUCUAAAGUAUUAAUAUUUAUUAUCCUCGCAUAUUUGCGUACAUAUGUCCGUCGAAUGUCGAAUUGAUCUACAUUUAUAACGCGCGAUGGAACGUAUUUUUGUAGGAAAAAAAGAAAAGAAGAAGAAAAAAAAAAAAAAGGUAACAAUAAGAAAAGCAACUUGUAAAUGUGAUAAACAUUUAAUCGAAUUGUA